CUAGAACGGGGUCGCCGUAGGGGGGCACCCAUGGAUAUUUAGAUAUUGCAACGAAAACAGAAUCGACGCAGACGCGAACCAACGCGAACCAUACUUGAUCGUCGCGAUGAGUGCGUUGUUUCGAAGAACCCGUCCCUAGUGUUUACAUUUUUCUUCACGAAGCUAAUCAGUGUUAUGAUUUCAUCUCGUUGCAAGUAUCUGUGAAAUCACCGAUAACAGUCAUCCGAUUUUUGAAUUAAUCCGCGUAGGAACGAAUCGUGACAUAUACGACGGUCGAGUUCAUGUAAAUAUACUUUUUAUCGGUGUCUUUCUUGUGUUACUCCAAAUUGUUCUCUCUUUUUACGAAAAUGGCGAAUUAUAUGGAUCGCCAGUAUUCGUACGGGAAUUCAGUACAUCUUCGUACAGAUGACAAGAAGUGAACUCUUCGACAAUUCUGAUGCGGACGAACUUUAUUGGGGCCAAGUAACAAAACAAUUUGGGAUCUUCAAAGAUGGAUGCAACAAUUGAGAGAGAGUGCAGUGCUUUGGGUGGUCUCUUUCAACAGAUUAUAACUGAUAUGAAGAAUGGAGCACCAUUGUGGGAAGAUUUAAUCUCUAAGGCAACAAAAUUACAUUCAUGCUUAAGAGCUGCUAUUUUAGCUAUUUCUGCUUAUCUUGAAACAUUUCAAAAAAUUGCUGAUGCUGCAACUAGUGCAAGAGGUGCAACAAAAGAAAUUGGGACUGCUUUAACUCGGAUAUGUCUUAGACAUAAAGCAGUAGAAACACGUAUGAAAUCUUUUACCAGUGCUAUUAUGGAUUGCUUGGUGUUACCACUUCAAGAAAAAUUAGAAGAUUGGAAAAAAUCAUUAAUAAAUUUAGAUAAGGAACAUGCCAAAGAAUAUAAGAAAGUAAGAGCAGAAUUGAAAAAGCGAUCUACAGAUACUUUACGAUUGCAAAAGAAAAAAGCACGUAAAGGUCAACACUUACAUGGACAAGGACAAUUGCAAAGUCAUGGACCUACAUCGGGGGACAUUGAAUUAAAUAGAAUGUUAGAAUCUUCUGCUGCUGUUAUCCAAGAAAAACGUCUAAGUUUAGAAGAAACAGAGAGAAGAGCUGUUCGUGCAGCCUUGCUCGAAGAAAGGGGCAGAUUCUGUCUUCUUGCCAGAUUUUUAAAACCAGUACUUGAUGAAGAAAUUGCAAUGCUAAUGGAGUUGACACAUCUCCAAGAAGUUUCUGAUCAGUUACAACGACACGCAGCCUCUCCGCAUCAUUUACCACCCGCAUCGGAACAAGUCAUAACAGAUAUAAAAGGCUGUGAUGUUACUCAAUGGUCACUCGCUACACCUCCUUCCAGUCCUUCUUUAUCUCUCGGAUCGAGGAAAAGUUCAAUGUGUUCAAUCAGUUCUUUAACUAGUAGCAGCAGCGGUUCUUGCAAAAGUCAUCCGAGCCCGUCUGGACAUCCGUGGCAUAGAUCGCUUUCUCAGUCUGUCGGUGUCAGGCCCUCCAGCAUCAGCGGUUUGAUGACGCUGCGCCACUUGGCAAACGGUAGUUCCCGUGACUCUGGCUUCACUUCUCAGGAUACAUUGUAUACGCAACCCAUUUCCGAACAUCAGGAAACAUCAGUUCAAUUCGACAGGCAAAAUCAGAACACAAUCAAUGAACGGCCGCAUACGAUAUCUUCUGCUUACGAAAAAGGCCAUCAGAGACCAGCUCUCAGCGUUUACACAUUCCAAGCUCCAGACAAUAGUGGCUGUUGCCACAGUCAACCUGCUUCUCCAGUUUCUUCUUCCUCAAAUCAAGCAUCCAGAGUACAAUUGCGUAGAAAUAAUGGUAGUAAUCGUCCUCCAAUACCGAACAGAUGUUCCAGUUUAGAACGACCAUCAGUCCCGGUGAAGAAUGAACCUCCUGGAAGUCCUCGAGGCAAACCGAAGUUACCGCUUCCAGCACACUUAGCGAAAGAAUUAGCAACUCAUCAACUUCAGCAACCAAUGUAUGUAAACAUGCACGAAUUAGCAAAUUUAGCUGCAACCCGUGCUCAGGAGAUGCAGUUACCGCUACCUCCACCGCCCGCAUCACUAGCAGCGCCAGGGACUGAGAAGACUGAAGUUACGGAAAAGGACGGUGGAAGUCAAACAUCAGAGUCUAGCGUGGAAUCCAGCAGUGGAUAUGGAAGUCAGACUACUAUACCGCAUUCUCAUUCGCUUCAUAAUCAAAAUGAGAAUGCCUGGAACGUACCUGGUGCUGCGUCUACUCUAAUGGUUCGCAGAGGAUCGGUACAGCAAGCUAGCAAACCUCCUCCGCCAACAAGACGCACGUCCACUGUUAUAACUGCCACAUUCAAUAAUCCGUCAUCAGGUUCUAACGAUGAACGUACCGAUAAUACUUGCGACGAGGCUGAGAAUCUUCCUCCGCCGCCAGCAUUUUUAUUAGAAGGUUCUUCGCCUACAGCUAGCCCUACUCCUCAGCGAUCUGUCUCGGUGUCAGAAACUGUAAGGACCCUUACGGAAUUACGUCACACCCCCGCGAGUCCUUCUCUUUUACGAAAGGCUACUACAGGUCAGACGCAAUCGCAUAACAAUGCGUCUGGCACAUUACAGCAUAAUACCAUGUUACAAGUUACUCGAACUUCCGUCGAACGUUCAUGCGCAGUAAUUCGCUCAACUUCCCAAGAACGUGGGUCGACUACUAUGCAAAUGACAACGAUCAACUCAGGUGUAAAUAUUCAAGGGCAAGGUCCUGGAGGAGUAGGUCAGAGCUUUAUGGCGGUUCUCAGUGCUAAGCUUAUUAACAGUACAACAGGUAGCAAUGCCAAUAGUGGUAAUAAUACAAGCAGUAGUCCGAAAUCCUCGAGGAAGCACUCCAUCGAACAGCAGAUAAAUAAAAAUUCCAAAACACCGUCUGGUUUUCUUGAAACUUUAAAUGCUAAACUAGCCCAACAGCAACAGAAUAUGCAAGGGAAUAAUAUGACGAGUAAAUCGGCAAGCGUGAGACGUAUUAUGGGCAAUCGCGUGCCCAUUAUCGAUCCUUUGCAGGUUAGGGACUCUUUGAUGGAUCAAAUACGAAGAGGAACAUCCCUUAGAAAAACCAGCGGUCCCAUUAACGAUCGUUCGGCACCUAAAAUCUAUUGACUAUCGUAAUACUGAUGUUCGCGUAAGUUCCUUUAUUAUCUCUGAUGCAUCUAUGUUGCAUUUACGAUUGUUAACAACAAUCGCAACGCUCGUCAUCGAAUCCGAUGAACGUGCUUACAUCGCCAAAGAAAAUGGCACUUGUUACGCGGUGAUCGUAUAUGUACCUUUAUGAACGUACAUUCGAUAAUUGAAAUUAGCAUACGUUGACUUUUUUGCACUUCGGUGCGCUAGCGUCAAAGUAAAAUGGCAAAGUGAAUUGUUUUCACAAAUUCGUUGUUUACGUCAUUGGUUUCAUUAUAAAAAUUGUUUUGAAGAAGGCAGGCUCUAUAUUAAAUCCACUUUUGAUACGCGAUACUUUAGUGCUUAUUACGGUAUACAAAUUAAAUCAAAGCGAGAGUAAAAUGACUUACCUUAAUUGUUCAAUUAGAGUCUGAUCUUAUUACAUUGUAAUAUCUGAUAAUUAAUAAGAUUCAAGUAAUAUAUAUAUUUAUAAAGUGUAAUACAGUAGCAUAUUAAUAUAUAUAUUAUUUCAACUCUGCUUGGUUUGGGUUGACGUUUAAUUAUACUAAUGCCCAAUGCUUGCCAGUAUUGCGGGAAACCUGACUGAUUUAAUAAUACCAUAGUAACAAUUUAAUACUCUAUAUUUUAAAUAAAAAAAAAAAAGGAAAAAAGAUGGAGGGAAUAUAAAAUCCAUGUACAAUUUAAUAUAGAGCUCGUGUCUUAGCGUAUCGUUAUGUUAUUUGUAGUUAUUAAUUUUUUCCUCUAUUAUUUGUCUUUCAUUUUUCGUAUGAAACGCACAAGUAUAAUUGUUUUUGUUUCAUAUUAACUUCUCACUUGGUAUUUCGUGUGUUUCUUACGGACACCUCCUGUAGUGUGACAUCUGUCAAUGAUAAUAUCAUACUUGGUAUGACAAAAUUGAUAAUAAAUAAUGAGUAUUACUGCCCAGGUGGAACCUAAUGUUAGAGUUAGUUUUUAUAUUGGUCCGACUAUUCCAUCGAUACGUGUAUCUCUACCAUUCAUUCAAUAUCGAUGUAAUAUUGUAUUGCACUACGGUAUUACUAUUUCAUUAUUAUUACUUUUUUCGAUAACGACGCUUAAAUCGAUUUUAUCAUAUCAAAGAUUUUGUAUUGGAC